AUAAGAAACAAAAACAAUAAAGUUCCUGUGGGUUUUAAAGUGAAACGUAUACUAAAUAAUAUUUGUAAUGAACGCAAAUUUUGAGGAAUAAAACAUAUAUCUAAUGUACUGAAAAAGAUGGAGUCGUCUAUUCAGGUGCCCAAGGAGCUGGAAUCUCUGCUGAGCUGCGGACUGUGUCGUCGUCCAUUUGAUCUGGCCACCGGACUGCUGCCCAAGGAGCUGGUGUGCCAGCAUAGCUUCUGUGAGGAGUGCGUGUCCAGGAGCACCGUCCAGGAGUCCACCGAGUGCAUUUGUUAUCUGUGCGGAGUUUGCACGAAGUUGGAGGGCUACAAGCUGCCUGAAUCCUUGGCCAUCAUGUUUCUGCUCCGUGAGCUGCCCGCCUUGGUUUUGGGCAGGGCCAUGUUGGAUUUCUCCAAGAAGAACAGCAGCAGUGGCACCAUUGAAGUUUCUAGCGAGGAACCAAAGCACUCCCCUUCGGACAACUGGUUGGAUGAGAUCUGCGUGGACAGCUUUUUGGCCAGCAGCGCCGAGCACUGUUUCAUCCAUGCCAUGCCGAACUCCACCUGGUGUCACAAUUGCCAGCGUUUGCUAUGUCGCGCCUGCUCCGAUGUCCCAAUGCAUCGGGAACAUCGCAUGGUCCGCCAGUUGGACUACCAUGAUGUGCUCCGCCAGCUGCUCACCUUGGAGCUGGCCAAGAUCAAGCGCACUGUUGUUCAAUCCUCCGAGUUGGCCACUCGCGAAAUGAUUUUAUUUCGCGAGCUGUGCGAAGCCUGCUAUCACGUUCAGUUGCAUAUAAAGCGAGUGAUUUUGGAGCACCAGCCCUCCAUGGUGUCGGCCAAAAUGGUAGGUUGGCAUCAGCGCGCCGAACUGGAUUUGAGUCGAACCGCCGGCAGUCUCACGGGAGCCAAAAUGAUGCAGCUGCUCAGCCAGUUGGUACAGCAGCGGCGCAAGUUCGAGGGACAGUUGGCAGAGGUGCACUUUCAGUGCCGGAUGCGGGCUGCAGUCCAGGAGAACGGCAUGCAAGUCCUGGAUUUCGAGCGCCUCAACGAUAGGCUCCUGCGGCUGCGCAGGGAUUCCCGUCCCGGGGUCGUUCCCGCCAAUGUGGAACCACCUCGGGCGCUCAUCCUCACCAAUUACUGUGUGUUUGCUUACUGGAGCGAAAUGCAGCGCUUGAUAAUGCCCACACGCCCCAGGACUCCGCCGCCGGAUGCCGAGUUGCUGCCGCAAUCCCGACGAGCGGUGGUGCCACCGCGUUUUAAUCACCGCCAGCGAGAGGCAGAGGUCAGGCUUCACAUGCAGCACGUCGAACUGGAUCAGAAUCGGGCACUUAGCCGCCAAGCGGAGGAUGGUUCCUCCGGCUCCGGCUCUGGCUCCUCUUCCUCGCCGAGCAGCAGUAAUAGCAACAGUCAGAGCACCUUCUCCUCGCUACCAGGCAACUCCACGGCGCCGCAGCAGACCACCACAUAUGUUCUGGACAUGGAGCACUUCCGGAUGGUGGAACAAUAUCGCGAAAGGGUGUGGCAGGAGCAGCAGCAGUGGCAGAUGCAGCAGUAUGUACAGCAACCAUACUACCAAAUGGUCCAACCGGAUGCCUCCUGGGCCAACUGGGAGGAGCAGUGGUGGCAGCAGCAGCAGCCGCAGAUCUUCAGCCAGCAGAACCAGGACUAUCACCAGGAUGGCACUCUCUAUUCCCCGGUAAGCAUUGUCCGGCAGCCCUCCGUUCACUGUUAUCCCAUCUACUUUCUGGACAUGGAAAUAGCAGGCCAACUGGCCGGACGGGUACUAAUCGAGGUGAGAUCGGAUGCCGCUCCCCGGAUGGCGGAGAACUUUGGGGCGCUGGUGCGACAUGACCGGGGCUACGGCUAUAGGGGCUGCAGCAUCUUCCAGGCCUGGGGAGGCGAGAGCAUCAUCACCGGCGACUUUGAGUCGCACAACGGACGCGGAGGCCACUCGGCCUUCGAGGAUCGAUACUUCCUGCCGGACGAUACGGGAUUACCGCCAUAUCGGGGAACGGUUGGCAUGCGAAGGGGACAGCGGCGACAGGACAGGAGUGGCUUCGUGGGCAGCCAGUUCCGGCUGAUCCUUAACGAGAUGCGCUCUUUUACGGCCAUCUUUGCAAACAUAGUCCAGGGCAUCGAACUGGUGGACCGGAUUGCGGCCAGUGGCAAUGCCCUGGGACGCCCAGCAGUUAGAAGUAUCAUCCGGAACUGCGGCGAGUACCAUUCCAACCGAUAAAGCCAAGUCCUCUUCAAAAUACACUGAACACUAAACCACCAACUAAAAGCUCCCCACACACUUUAAAUGUAAUCGUAAUCGUAAAUGUACAACGCUCCCCGAUAUAUCUAUACAAUUCUUGGUAUACACACGUCUAUUGAUCUUGGUACGAUUUUUUGUACAAAUAAACUCCCCACUCCUUAUCGUCGUA